UAAAAAAAUAUUUUAUUUCAAAAUAAUCCAGAUCUCGCAUAUUGAAUUAUGCAUUUUACUGUUACUUUCUGUGAUGAGUUUAAGUUUUGAAAUAAUUUCGACGAAAAAACCUAAUAAAUAACUACGAAAAGCAAUUUAUUUAGUGAAAAAAAAAAAAUUAUUGGAAAUUUUGUUAUAUAGAAAAAAAUGGAAAUUGUGUUAUAUAUGAAAAAAUAAAAAGAAACAAAACGAAAAACAAAUAAAGUAAAACUCGAAACACCAAAAUAAAAUAAAAUCUAACUGUGAGUCUGUAAUACAGUUACAAGCACAUAUCAAGCAAAAAAUAAAAAUAAAAAGAUAGUAUUAAACGGCAAGUGAAGAAAACAGAUUUUUCUAAUAAAAAUAAAAGCAAGAAAACAACAACAAAAUAAAAAUAAUUAAAUUAUAUUAAAUAAUAACAGAAAUAACUCACUUAACAGUAAGCAAUCUAUGCAGCUUUUACAACAAAAAUUAAAAAUAAAAAACCAACAACAAAAAUACACUGCGCUUUGUAUAACUAAACUGCUGUGACAAAAAUUUGUGGCAUUUAUUUUUAAAACUAAAGCAAAAAUUGUUUCCAUACAGUAAAUAAUAAAUUUGCAAAAACAACAGAUACAACACCUAGUUCAACGAAAUACAAAAAAAAAAAUUCAAAAAAUUUUCAACCCACUUACAGCAACUCACAAAAGUGUGUGCACCGCGCAAUUUGUUUAUGCGCUUGCUAGUAAAUUUACGUGUUUAAGCAAUUAAAGCCAACUUAAAGCCGCGCACACCACAAGCCUGCCGCGUUGUAACCAACCAAACAGCAGUGCAUAUCUGUGAAAUUGCUUCAUUUUUAAUUUACCAACUGCCGGCAAAAAGUUAAACACGCAAGCGUGUUAAAUUUUUUUUUGUUUUUAUCAUCAAUAAAUAAAUAAGUGUGUGUUUAAUUGUUGUUGUUUGUGUAGAACUUUUGCACCGCAUGCAUUUUUAAUAGAUUUUUACACUUCAACUGCUGCAAAGUGCAAACGUGUGGAUUCAAUAACGAUUACUUGCUGUGUCUGUGUAAAUAAGUUGAAAUUUGGCGCACAACAACAAAAAAAUAACAACAAUACGUUACAGCAAACCACAAAAAUCGACACUGCCUAUUUUCAUUUAUAACUACUAAAGUUUUUGCAACGAAACUAGCGAAAUAUUAAGUAACAAAAGGCUAAGACACUGUGAAACCAAGAAUAUCUAUCCAAUUCUAAAAUAUAAUCUACACUUUAAACUAAAACCCACUCGAAAAGUAACAACAAAAACAAAAAAACAAAUAUGCUUACUACUACAAGCCACACGACAACAACUACAACUAAAAGCACACUAAGUAGUAGAAAUUCAAAUUCAAAGUCUCAUCAUCACCACCUCCACCAACAACAACACAGCUCACACCCGCGCCACAGCAACUCUAACUCUAACACCCGCAAAAUGUUCUCCCAACAGUGCCUUUCUUCCCACAACUACAACUAUCGACUACUACAAAUCGCUCUACUGUGCACAGUGGCGCUACAGUUGGUGCCGUUGGCGUACAGCUUCGAUGUUGCAACAUGUCAUCAACCACUGGGCAUGGAGUCUGGUGCAAUUACAGAUGCUCAAAUAACUGCCAGUUCAGCGCAUGAUACCGGCUUCGUUGGGCCACAACAUGCAAGACUGAAAACCGAUAAUAAUGGUGGCGCUUGGUGUCCCAAACACAUGGUCUCGAAUGCGUUGAAAGAUUACCUGCAGGUCGACUUGCUGUCGACGCAUGUCAUUACGGCGAUACGUACGCAGGGUCGCUAUGGCAAGGGUCAAGGUCAAGAGUAUACGGAGGCUUAUGUGCUGGAGUACUGGCGACCGGGUUUCACCAAAUGGCAACGUUGGAAGAAUACACAAGGAAAGGAGAUCCUUUCCGGCAACAUCAAUACCUACAGUGAGGUGGAGAACUUGUUACAACCGAUAAUUUUUGCUUCGAAAAUACGUAUCUAUCCAUAUGGCCAAUACGAUAGGACGGUGUGUCUACGUGCUGAAAUUGUCGGUUGUCCAUGGGAAGAGGGUAUCGUAUCGUAUAGCAUACCGAAAGGCGUACAACGUGGCAUGGAAGUGGAUUUGUCAGACAAGACUUAUGAUGGCUAUGAGCAAGGUGAUCGUUUUGUUGAUGGAUUGGGCCAACUGGUGGAUGGUCAAAAGGGCAAGGAUAAUUUUCGCACUGACAUACAUGGAUUUGGCAAAGGCUACGAAUGGAUUGGCUGGCGCAAUGAUACACCCGAUUUGAAUGGCAAACCAGUUGAAAUCGUUUUCGAAUUCGAUACAGUGCGAAAUUUUAGUGCAAUAAUAUUGCAUACAAAUAAUAUGUUCACCAAGGAUGUGCAGGUAUUCGUGCGCGCUAAAGUCUUCUUUAGUAUUGGUGGACGUCACUUCUCUGGCGAACCGGUGCAAUUCUCUUAUAUGCCAGACACCGUAAUGGAUCACGCGCGCGAUGUCACUAUCAAAUUACAUCAUCGCGUUGGUAGAUAUUUGAAAAUCAAUUUAUAUUUUGCUGUGAAAUGGAUUAUGCUGUCGGAAAUUUCAUUUGUAUCGGUACCGGCCGUGGGAAAUUUCACAGAUGAGUCCGAGCAACGUGCCACAUUGCCACAGGACACACGCGAAUAUCCAUUACAAAGUAAUGACUAUCAUCAUGGACAAAAGAAUGGCAUGGGCAAGAUGGGCACAAUGAAUGGCGGUGGUGGCGGCAUGAAUGAUGGCGGCAUGGGUGCGGCAGCGGGCGCUGGCCUCGGCUAUAACAAUGGACCGCAAUUAAUUGCCCCACGUCCCAUCGAUCAGGAACCAUCGGAGAAAUUCUCAAUUGGUAUUGUUAUUGUUAUUCUAACGGUGAUAAUUAUUUUCCUCGUUGGCGCCAUAUUCUGCAUUGUAACGCGUACGAAGCGUGCACGCGGCAGCAAUGUCCUGGACGCAUUCCAAUAUAGCUUCAAUCCGAAUACAUUGGGCGGCAAUGUGGAUAAACAUCGACCGAAUGGCGGUGGCAUUAAGGCCAGCGUAGAUGAUAAUGACUCGAUUGGCAAGAAUAGUCUCUAUCACGAGCCAUUCAAUGUGAAUAUGUAUACCAGCGGCGUUAACGGAUAUGCGGCCGUAAAUGAUUUACAAUGUAAUAUGACGCCCGACUAUACAGAUGUACCCGAAGGCGGCUAUGCUGUGCCACACAUGCAGGAUUACAUGCCCGCCACAAAGAUGUCAAUGUCCGGUGGCGGUGUUGUCGGCGGUUAUGUGAAUGUGCGUCGCACACCACCACCGCCGUUGAGCGCGAUCUUUCCCCGACCACCGUCGGUGCCGCCUCCACCUAUGGAGAAGUAUUACGCCACCACAGCGAUAUUCAAGCCAAUCAAGGGACCAACGAGCGGCAGCAAUUGCGGCACGGUGGGCAGCAACAGCGGCGGCGGCAGCAGCACACAUAAACCCGGCAGCAGCGUCGGUAAGUGUGGCAGCAAUAGCGGCAUUAGCAGCAGCAGUGAACACAAUAACUACGAUGACGGUAUGGGCACGAUGAAUUCACAGUCAACGGCGCCAAUGUUGAAUGCCUACAAUGCUGGCGGCGGCGGUGGCGGUAAUAGCGGUGUUGGUGUUGGCAUUGACUCAAUGCAAUUCCAGCGCGCUAGAACCUAUAACUUCCGCAGCUAUCCCGACAAUCUUUAGUUUGAAAC